CCCUCUUCCUGUUUACAUUUGUUCUUAGUUUCCCAAUCCCUCCUUUGUGAAAUCAUGUCUCUAUCAGUUCCCAACAACCCCGUUGCUUCAUUGCACCAUCCAAAGCUUUCAACCUCCACCAAGGACGACCAAAGCAUAAGUCACUUAUCCGAUGAGACAGUGACCGACUACAUUUAUACUAAACAUCAUGAGGACGAUAGUGUGAAGAUCGACGUCGAUAAUUACAUUGCACUCGUUGAAAGUAUCAUCACAACUGCUGACCGAAUCACCGAAACUGUUACUCACGGCACCGAGGGCCGUUUGAUAUUCUCAGAUGAUUUCUUGAAGGUCAAUGCUGUUGAUCCACCACUUUGCACCCUUCACAAAGUGUCAAGCCAGCUGUCUUGCAAAGCUCCAGGUGUAGAACAAGCGCACAAGACGACCCUUGACAUUCUUGAUAUAUUGGCAAGUUACUCAUGGGAGGCUAAAGCAGUGCUAACAUUGACUGCCUUUGCGGCUGAAUACGGAGACAUAUGGCACCUCAACCAUUACUCAUCGUUGGAUCCACUCGCAAAAUCAUUGUCAAUGAUCAAGCGAGUUCCUUUGUUGAAGAAGCAAUUGGAGGGUAUGAAGUACCGGCAAGUGCUUGUUAGCCCCAACAGUUUGAUCUACAGCUGCUUGCGGGCCAUGAAAUACAUUACCCAACUCAAGAAUUUCUCCAAAUAUGAUGUCGAUGAACUGCCGGAGUUAUCUUCCGUCCGCCGCCAAAUUCCUUUCUUUUCUUAUUGGAUUAUUCAUAUUAUCGUUGCUACCCGAAUUGAAAUUUCAAGUUACUUGAAUGAGACCGAGGGCCAAUCACAAAGGUAUCUGAAUGACUUGGCCGAAAAGAUCAACCGUUUACUCUGUACGAUUGAAGAUUAUCUCAACGUCAUUCGAGAACAACAAGAGGAGAUUGAUCUUUAUAGAUGGCUUGUGGGUCACAUUAAUAAUUCUCCCACUCGGAUAACUUUAGUUCUGCCUAAGCUUAUUGAAGGCAAGGUCGAGGCAAAGCCUUUCAUAGAUGGUUCUACUCGAUUGCAGGUUAGUGUUGAAGAUGCUUUGAGAGACAAGAACGUGAUCUUGUUAAUUUCUGGAUUAGAUAUCUCGGAUGAUGAUAUUAGAGCUGUUGAUUUAGUUUACAAUGAAGUGAGAAAGGAGGAUAAGUAUAAGAUUGUUUGGAUUCCAGUUAUUCCUGAUUAUUUUCGAGAAGAAGAAGCUCGAAAGAUAUAUGAGUACUUAAGCUCUUUAAUGAAGUGGUACAUUGUGCCAUACACAACAAAGAUUGCAGGUUGGAGAUAUCUGGAGGACAAAUGGCAAUUUAGACAAGACCCAUUAGUUGUUGUUAUGAACUCCGAAUCAAAGGUUGAAUUUGCAAAUGCAAUCCAUUUAAUCCGAGUUUGGGGAGCUGAAGCCAUUCCGUUCACGAUGGAUAGAACUCUUGCUUUAUUGAAAAAGAAUUGGCCUGAGUCCACCCUUCUAAAAUUUAUUGAGGAACCAAGAUUGCGAAGUUGGGUCAAUCAAGAUAGGACCAUCAUAUUUUAUGGAGGAAAAGAUCCAAGUUGGAUUCAACAAUUCGAAGAGAAAGUAGUAGAAAUUAAGAACGACCCAUAUACUAAAGAAAAAGGAUAUACAUUUGAAAUUGUUGAGGUGAAUGAUUUUACAUUGACACCUCAUUUUUGGAUCACACAAUGGGGUUAUUUCGUAAUCAAGAGUCAAAUAAAAGAUUCAAGUGCAACUGAAACAACGGAAGAUAUUUUACGACUAAUAUCUUAUAAAGAUGAAAAUGGUUGGGCAGUUUUAACAGUUGGCUCAGCUCCAUUGGUUGUAGGUCGAGGCGAUUUGAUUUUGGGAGUUCUCGAAGAUUUUAACAAAUGGAAAACAACUUUGACAGCCUUCCAUGAUGUCUUUAAAGACAAGUUCGGCCUGCAAAGCCUGUUAUAUCGCCCAUGCGAAAGAAUUACACUUCCUCAAUUUAGUGGGUGGAUUCCAAUAAAAGUAAAUUGUCCUGAAUGUCCUCUCUUCAUGAAGGUUGGUAUAAGCUUGAAGUGUAACAGCGGGGGUCGUGAGGACUAAUGAUGUCAACAAUAAUAUAUUGUUUAUAAUACUAUAUGUACUACUACUAAAUAAUAUGAGGUGAUCCGACAACAUGGAAUCCUACUAUUUGUAUCAUCAAGUUUGAGCCUGUUAUGCUACAACUAAACGUGAUUAUUUCUU